AGCUUAACAAUUUUAGUAAGUCUACUGCGCCUCCAGUUGCUCAUUUCUCAUGGUUUUGGAGAGAGAAAGCUAUGAGCGUUAAUGGCGGAAUCCAAUUUGAUUGUGAAAUCCCAUCAAUACCCAGUUGCAGAUGAAUGGCAAGAGCUUUAGUUAGAGGCAUUUCUUGUCUCUUUCUCCCUACAUUUCGACGUUAUCACUCUUCUUCUUCCUCUAAUAAUCUCCCUUUUUCCCAUCAAAUUUUAACCUGCCUCAAAUCUCAAUGGUUGAAGACGAAAAAAAUCAAACAAAUUUAUGCCAUCUUGAUAACUUCUGGUCGUGUAAAAAUACCAUUUUUUGGAAGUAAGUUGCUCAAAUUUUCAUCCCAAAUUGGUGAUUUGCGUGAUACUUUGUGGGUUUUUAACAGCAUUGAUUUUCCAGAUAUAGUUUGUUAUAACACUGUGAUUAAGGCUUACUCUGGUAGUUUAUUUCCAUCAAAUGGUGUCAAGUUUUAUUUUGAGAUGCUGAAAUCUGGGGUUUUUCCCAAUUCUUAUACUUUUCCUCCGUUGUUGGGUUGUUGUGCUAAAGUGGGUAGUUGUAGAACAGGUGAAGUGUGCCAUGGUCAACUCAUUAAGAAUGGGUUUGAUGGUGUGAUGCAAAUACAGAAUUCUUUGAUUCAUAUGUAUGCUAGUUGUCGGGUGAUUGAGCUUGCCCUUAAGGUGUUUGAUGUUAUGCUUGAGAGAGAUUUGGUGUCUUGGAAUUCAAUCUCUGAUGCUUUUGUGAAAGUUGGUGAUAUGAACACUGCACACAAGUUGUUUGAUGCAAUGCCUGAGAAAAAUGUUGUGUCUUGGAACAUUAUGAUGACGGGGUACUUAGAAAGGCACAACCCUGGCUGUGUGUUGAAACUUUAUAGACAGAUGAUUAGAUGUGGAUUAUUGGGGAACGACACGACUAUGGUUAAUGUGCUUGCUGCUUGCGCGAGAUCUGGUAGGUGGAAAGAGGGAGCAUCUGUUCAUGGUUUUCUUGUGAGGAGGCUGUGGAAUUUGAGCUUGAUAAUGAACACUACCCUUAUUGAUAUGUAUAGUAAAUGCCAAAAGGUAGAGGUGGCUCGUUGUAUUUUUGAUGGCCUACUUCAAAGGAAUAUAGUGUGUUGGAAUUCAAUGGUCUUAGGGCAUUGUCUUUAUGGCAAACCUGAAGAUGGAAUUCAUUUAUUUGAAGAUAUGAUGUAUUUUGUUGGGGUAGAUAGGAAAGCUGAAGGUCAUGGGUAUGUGCCUGUCGGUGGAAGACAUCAGGUGCUCCCCGAUGAAAUCACAUACAUCGGUGUUCUAUGUGCAUGCACACGUGCAGGGCUGUUAGAAAAAGGGAAGUUCUAUUUUGAUCAGAUGGUAAAUUUGUUUGACAUAAAACCUAAUUUUGCGCAUCAUUGGUGCUUGGCAAAUCUACUGGCAAGUAAAGGGCUGGUAAAAGAAGCAGUGGAAACGGUUAGGAAAGUUAACGAGUCUGUUGGUGGUAUGCCAUCAGGAUCAUGUUUAUGGGCGAGUUUGCUUAGUUCAUGCAGAUUCCAGGGUGAUUCGUCUAUUGCAGAACAAGUAGCAAAGACAUUAAUUGAAAUAGAACCACAAAAUACAAUGUGUUAUGCAUUACUCUUGAAUAUUUAUGCUGCUGGUGGUAGGUGGGAGGAGGCUGCUGAGGUGAAAGAACUGAUGAAAAAAACAGAGGCUGGAAAACUGUAUGGUUGUAGUCUUGUAGACUUGAUUGAAAUUGUUCACAAUUUUAGAUUAAGAGAUGGGAAAGAGUAUGCAAUGGAGAUGGCUAAGAUGGUGGAUAGAGGAUGUUUGCACGAUGGAGCUGUCAAUGACCAUGGCUGAAUGUCAUACUAUAAUCUCAGAGCUUAAUUGCUUAUGAUGUAUCAUUGCAUUUUCCAUAUUGAUGUCUAACUGGUGCAAAUUAUUCAGAUACUGUAAAUGGUGUUGAUGAUGGUCUGUAGCGCAAAUUUACACAGCAUCUGGUAAAGAAUUGCUCAGUUAAUGGCGUCAUUGCCGAGGACUCGGGUAAAUUGGUGGCUUUAUGUAAGGGAAAGGGGAUGGAUGAAAUGACGGGAGCGCCCUAUGAGAGGGGGCAGCUUUCUUGAGGUCGAAAAUUCUUAUACAUGUUCAGACCUCAACUUUGUGUUAGUGUACCAGAGUAUUUCUCUUAACCUUUUCCAGACUAAUGGUUCACCUUUCAUUUCUUAUACUCA